AACAAGAGGGAGUGAGCAUUUUCCUUAAUGACGUUGCAUAUACCGGCUGUUUGACUCGGAAGCCAUACAAGCGUGUAGAGAAGAAAUGACCGACAGUGACCUCAAAUAAGAUGUUGAAGACCUAUCUUUUGUCUUCAUCUCUUUACAACACUUCAGCAUUUAUGUAGAACUGUGAUAAAACAAUUGUAAAUUUUGAAGCGCCUUCGAAACGUCGAGUCGUUACGCAUCUGUCUGUCUCCCGAGCGUUCAUAUUUGCUGCGUAAAAUAAUGGAAAAUGCUGAAACAUCCGAUCAAAACGGAACGACGCACUACACGAACGGUUUAGUAAACGGAUUUCACACCCUACAGUCCGAUGACGGGGAGGGUAUUUCAUCUAACGGAGGUGGUCUGGGUGCUAGUGACAGUAGCGGUGGCCAUAAUGGUAUUGACAGUUUCCACCAUCUUCAUCAAGAUGUACACAACAAUGGUUCGCCUACGAAGCGCUGCAGACUCCGAAGACGCAUGGAUUCGGGAAAGAAGAACAGACCGCCCUUUCCAUGGUUUGGGAUGGAUAUCGGAGGCACUUUGGUAAAGCUGGUUUACUUUGAGCCCAAGGACAUAACUGCUGAAGAAGAACAAGAGGAAGUGGAGAGCCUGAAGAGCAUCCGCCGCUAUCUGACCUCCAACGUGGCCUAUGGAAACACAGGUAUCCGUGACGUUCACCUGGAGUUGAAGAACCUCACCAUGUGUGGCCGGAAAGGCAACCUGCACUUCAUUCGGUUCCCCACGCAAGACAUGCACCGCUUCAUCCAAAUGGGCAGAGACAAGAACUUCUCCAGUCUACACACCACACUGUGCGCCACGGGUGGGGGAGCAUACAAGUUUGAGGACGACUUCAGAACGGUGGCUGGUUUGGAGCUCCAGAAGCUGGAUGAACUGGACUGUCUUAUUCAAGGUCUGCUGUAUGUUGACUCAGUCGGGUUCAAUGGCCACCCCGGGUGUUAUUUUUUCCAAAAUCCCUCUGACCCUGAAAACUGUGUCAAGAGGCCGUUUAGCCUGGAGAACCCCUUCCCUAUGUUGCUGGUAAACAUUGGCUCGGGGGUUAGCAUCUUGGCUGUCUACUCCAAGGAUGAUUUCAAGCGAGUCACAGGCACCAGUUUAGGAGGUGGUACGUUUCUAGGCCUGUGUUGUUUGCUGACUGGCUGUGAGACAUUUGAGGAGGCUUUAGAGAUGGCAGCUAAAGGGGACAGCACAAAUGUGGACAAACUAGUGAAGGACAUUUAUGGAGGUGAUUAUGAGCGCUUCGGUCUCCAGGGUUCCGCCGUUGCAUCCAGUUUUGGUCAUAUGAUGUGCAAGGAGAAACGUGAUAGUAUAAGUAAAGAGGACCUGGCCAGGGCCACUCUUGUCACCAUCACAAACAACAUUGGUUCCAUCGCCCGCAUGUGUGCAGUCAACGAGAAUAUCGAUAGAGUGGUUUUUGUUGGGAAUUUCCUUCGGAUCAACACAGUAUCAACUAAGCUGCUGGCCUAUGCCAUGGACUUCUGGUCUAACGGACAAUUGAAAGCCCUUUUCUUAGAACAUGAAGGUUAUUUUGGAGCUGUUGGUGCCUUCCUAGAGCUACUAAAGAUGACUGAAGACUCCUGAGACACUGAGGAAAACCCAACCUUCAAACCAGAAGCUGCUGUAAGAUUUCAGGAAAGCCACAUCCCCUAAUAAGGAAAAGCCAUUUAAUAAUGUGAUGAGUUUCCAUUUCUCUUCAAAUCAUCUACAUGUUGGCCCUUCUAUGCUCAUGACAGGAGCAAAUGUUCAAGAGGUUGUGAUGCAACAGCACACCAUUUUCAGUGUGUGAUGAGCUUCACCUCAUGCCAACUGUUUCUUGUCACCAUUGCCAUAAACCCAGCACAGCUUUGCCUUUGCCAUGUAUUGAUGAUUUGAGUGGAAGAUGAUUUAGGAUACUAAUGCUUGUAUACUUCCUCUGCUCUCCAUCUGUUUGUGAGCUUUAUGAAAACAGUCGUAACAUAUAAAAAGGGUUUGGAGGUGAGUAUUAUGUGUAUUUGUGGAACAGCCUGCUGUAUAAAAGUAAAAACAACCUUCCCCAAUCCUCUCUGAACAAAUCAUUUACGCUGGACUUUUUUGUCUCCCAAUUCCAGUCACAUAUUAGCAUUUAUAAUAUCUGUAUUACGUUAAAAAUGCUACAGUAAGUUGUAUUAUUAUUCGUAAAGUAAUUUUGGACACUAAAGCAUGAGUCCAAAUUCAUUCAAUUUUUUAUAAUAAUACAUCAAAUACAAUUUGAAUUUUUAGUACUUUUCAAUUAGAUCAAUCUUUUAUUUGAACACUUUUACAGAAUUAGCUAAAUGUUGUCAGGUAGACCUGUUUUAUCCACAUUGGGCCUGAUUAAUGGAGUGUUGGCAUGAGUAUCUGUAGUUUCUAAAAUAUCUUUACCUCCUUUUAACUGGCCUGUGUAAUGAACAGUGAACAUAUGCACCUGAGCUGACACUGAUUGUAUUGGGACCAAAUUGUCUACAUUGACUGAAAAACAGUAUCUUCAUCAGAUGGAGAAUUCUCAUACUGUAGUUCACUACAUACAGUUCAGUAAGUCUUUUCUUACGGUGAUAAUGAUUUUUAUUUGGUUUUGCAGUCCCAAAUGCUGAGAUUUCUCUGAUCUGAAUGUGUUAACAGUUUACCCUGUGUAUAUACACUGUAGUGUGUAAUGUUUUGUUGUUUUGUUUUUAUUUUAUUUAACAUUUGCACAAACCAUCUCUUGUCAUAUUCAUGCCAUUAUGCAGUGAUGUCUUAAACUUCAUUUGAGACCGCUAACCAAGACAUAUAUUUACUGUCAAACCUCCUCACAAAUGCCUUCAUCCUUUCAACAUUUUCAUCUUAAAUGUCAUCUAUUACUGAACAUAUUAGCCUUUUUUCCCCUCAUGUAUCAACAUGAGAAUCUCUAUGCCUAAACACCUUUUAACUCUCUGUGUGAAUGCUGGACAGCUGGGUCUGACUGUGAACGCUCCAGGUUGUUGUUCAGGACCAGAUGUAUGUUAAAAAUGUGCACCUAAAGCUGGAAUCAGAAAUUCCAAAAAAGUUAGUCCAGUCACUAUAAUCUGUCUAAAUAUGUAAGAUAAAAAAAGCCUUUUUUAAAAGAAAAUGUUUUGCUUUUCCCUCCCUUUGAGCCACAGCAUGACACCUUACUGUACAUUUCUACCAAUUUCAUUUUCUCAUUUUGCCUUGACACUGUAAAUAUGAACUAAAAAGACAUUCAAUGUUUAUUUUUAACAGCACUGAGAAAAUAAGCAGUUUUCAAGGUGUUUUUUUUUUUUUUUUUUUUUUUUUUUUGCUGAUCAUCAUGAAUGCAAGCAAGACCAAAACUCCUAAAAGGAAGUAAUAAGAGGAAUAAUUUCAUGAUGCAAUUUCUAUUAGAAGAUUCUGUCUUUUGUGUCAAAAAUAAUCAUCUGUUGUGUGAGUGUACUGAACCUACUACAUGUUCAUCUGGUACUGUAACUCAACAACAUACCUGUGCUGAUAUCAGUGUGUCUUUUAGCUGCUGGUAACAUCUGUAACAGCAUAUUAAGCACAUUGUCUCUACUUCUUUACCUUCUGUCUGUUGAUUCAUGCUUUACUUCUGCUCAGUCCUUAGAAUUGCCUUAUGCAGUGGGGUGCCAUUUUGUCUUUGGAUGUCUGGAUUAUGCACAAUGGCAUCCCAACAUCUCUCUGAGCCACAAAAGUAACUUCCAAGUGUUACGGGGUGCCUUUUACUGAUAGAGACAAGGCUUUAUCUCUGUAUCCUCUGUAUUGUUGCUUAUGCUUAAUCCAGAUGUCACUGUAUAGAGUAAACUUUAACAGUAUAUUUGAGGUGUUUUCUUUUUCUUUUUUGGGAGGGGGAGGGGGAGGGGUAUUGCUCUACCUGUAUGCCACAGCAGACUGAAUGCAUGUGUCGGUACAUUGUAUUUUUACUGAGCUAAUGCAAAGCAUGUAAGCAAUUUCUGAACAGGUGUGUCACCCCUUAAGGCAGGGGUGUCAAACUCAAUUCCUGGAGUGCCGGAGCCCUGCAGAGUUCAGGUUCGACCCUAAUUAAACACACCUGAUCCAAGUAAUCAACUAGUCAAACUGCCUUUGUCGGGUUUUGUUCUUGUAAACCAGCAUAACGCUUGGAUCUUAUGUCAGCGCAUGUUAAUUUCAUUGCGCUGUAUAUGUUAAAUUGUAUGAAACCUUUCUCUCCUUUCAUAAAUGUACUAUGUCUGUCAUGUCUGAUGACCAGUUUUCAGGAAGCAUGUUCUAAAUUAUAAACGCUGAAGAGCCAUUAUAGCUGAAUUAUAAGCUUUUUCUAGAGAUAAAUUGCUUCUUUAUAAAUCGUCUCAUUGUAGAUAAUUGGAUGUUAAUUUUCCUUGCUAAUACCCCUCAUUAAUGAGCUUAAUCUUCUGACAAACUUGUCUAAUGUAUGUGAUCUGAGUGAUUAUGUAUAAUUUCAUACUGAACAUUCUUUUAACUUAAGUUUAUUCAGUGUUCAAGCAAUCAUAUGAAUCUCAAACAAUAUCACUACACAAAUUUUAAGUGUAUUUCUUAUGAUAUAACGUUUGAUGUUGAUCAUAGAUGAAUCCUUGAUUUACUUGUGUCUCCUAGGGAAUGAAGAAAUCAUAUUACUGGCUCUAAAAUGUCACUAAGAAGUUUUUAUAUUGGUUUUGAGUUAUCAGGUGAAAGGCUAACUUCAUUUGUCAAUAAACUAUUUUGUAAAUAUCUAAUAAAUGUGUUAAUUAUGGAAA